GGGUCCUUGUUCGUUAAGAAGCGAUGACACAGUGCUUCUGAGGGGGAGCUCGCGGCUUCUUCAGUGGCGCACACGAUCGCUGCACCACCUCCCUCGCCAUCUUCUUCUCCUUCUCCUCCUCCUUCUUCUUCUUCGUUCGUUCGUUCGUUCGUCGAUGGACUUGGACAUGUGGCGCUUCGACCUGUCGGCGUCCUCCAGGAGCCACCGAUCUGCUCGCAAGUCUCGAUACGAUGCGGCGAUCGUCGUCGACGAGUUCGACGGGGAGGGGGAUUUGGAGGUGUACUACCCGUGCCCUUAUUGCUCCGACGAUUACGAUUUGCUCGAGCUGUGCCUGCACAUAGAGGAGGAGCAUCCCGUGGAAGCCGAUUUCGAGGUAUGCCCAGUUUGUGCUGCAAAGGUGGAGGGUGAUAUUGUUGAACACAUAACAACAAAGCAUAGCGACAUUCUGAAGUGGCAACAGAAAUUAAAUCUCCGGAAAAACGAGUCCUAUUCAUCUUUUUCGUCAUCUAGAACAGAGUUUGGAUCUGUUCAAUCUGCAGUGCCUUCCUCCAAUGGGCCACCAGAUCCAUUUUUAUCAUUUAUUUGGAAUGCGCCUGCUGCAUACGAGUCUGAAAAGGGACAGUCCACUUCGCCAUCUGCUUCAGAUAUUGCAGAGAGAACCCCUGAUGAAGCUUUGUCAGAAAGGGAUAUGCAUCAAUCCCCUAUGCUGGAGAAAGACAAAAUCGAGAAAGCAGGGAGAUGCGAAUUUUUACAGGGUUUGGUAAUGUCCAGCAUACUUGAUUUCGACUCAUGAGGGGGUGCUGGGAGCGCUGAUCAGAAGCUAACGAAGUCUUGUUUCUAUCGGACGAGCUUUUGCCCCUCAAAAUGGAAGAGGUUAGCUUAGAAGUUCACUCCUGACGAAUUGGAGGAGAUUAGUAGUUUAUGAAAAGAAGCUCCUGUGUAACUGUGUUCUUCAUGAUGCUAGGCCUUUGUAGAUAAUGGAGACACCUGGUUUCUAAUUUAGCAACUCUUUUGCAGUCUUCCAGAACAAUAUACCCAACCAUUGCUUUAUCAGUUUUUGUUUCUCCUUAUUUCACUUUCCAAGUAAUACUGGAUUAUGUAUGUACCCUAUGGCCGAGGGAACUUAUUCAGGUCUCUAGUGUAAUACGUAUAUAUAGGCCACUUCUAAAA